CUCUUUAUCGCCACAGUUAUCACCAUGGUUCUUUCGAAGCCCGAAAACAAACACGUUCUCAAAGCCUUUGACCUCACCGGCAAGGUCGCUGCCGUUACAGGUGGUGCUCGUGGGAUCGGGUUAGAGGUCUCGAGGGCUCUAGCGGAAGCUGGUGCCAGUGUUGCUCUGAUCUAUAACUCGUCGAAAAAUGCGGAAACACUCGCCGAAGAGAUCGCGGCCACUAACUAUGUCAAAGCAGCUGCAUACAAAGCUGACGUCGGAAAUCAGGAGGAUAUCGAGAGGGCCAUUCACCAGAUUGCAUCUGAUUUUGGCAAGCUCGAUAUUAUCGUCGUGAACUCGGGGAUCACCUCGAAUAUCGCGGCCGAAGACUACACCACAGAGCAAUGGCGCGACAUCAUGAAGGUCAAUCUGGAUGGCGCAUUCUAUAGCGCUCAAGCAGCUUCUCGACUCUUCAAGGAACAGGGACACGGCAAUGUCAUCUUCACAGCCUCUGUCAGUGCAACGUUGGUGAACGUGCCUCAGAAGCAAGCUGCGUAUAAUGCCUCCAAAGCUGCGGUGGUACAACUGGCGAAAUGCUUAUCAGUGGAAUGGGUCGAUUUCUGCCGUGUCAACUGCAUUUCUCCUGGCUUUAUCUCUACCGAGAUUCUUGAUGUCCAUCCCCAAGAAUGGCGUGAGAAGUGGAACAGCAUGAUUCCGGCUCAGCGAAUGGCGGAUGCCUAUGAGCUUAAAGGCUUAUGUAUUUUGCGCCUCCGAUGCAUCAAGCUAUAUGACCGGGGCGAAUAUCGUGAUUGACGGUGGCUACACGCUUCCUUAGGUCUGAUUUCUCAGCGUAGCUUUUGCCAUGUGCUGGAUCAAAUUGAGGUACACCGAAGUUCCUGAAUGUACAUAUGUUUAAAUAUUCGAGAU